UGUCCGGGUAAGAUGGCGGCGGAGGAGCAGUGCUCGGCACCGCCUCGAUGGCGGUCCAUAUCUCUGACUCACGUCGAGUUCCCGGAAGGCGAUCUAACGGGACAAGUGCUGGCCUACAUCAGCCUCCUGCCCAUAGCGAUCCUGGUGGGCUUCGUCACGCUCAUAGUGUUCAAACGGGAGCUGCACACGAUUUCCUUCUUUGGUGGGCUGGUGCUGAAUGAUGGGGUGAACUGGCUGCUGAAGCACAUCCUCAGAGAGCCACGUCCGUGUGCAGGGGCUCACUCAUCCCUGUCCUCAGAUUAUGGGAUGCCCUCCGCUCACUCCCAGCUUAUCUGGUUCUUUGUUGUUUACUUCUUUCUUUUCCUUUAUUUAAGAAUGCAUCAAACGAACAAUGCUCGAUGUGUGGACCUGCUGUGGAGACACGUACUGUCCAUCAUCCUGUUGGGCUUGGCCUUAUCGGUCUCAUACAGCAGAGUGUACCUGUUGUAUCACAGCUGGAGCCAGGUCUUCUACGGCGGAGUGGCCGGUUGUACGAUCGGAAUAUUCUGGUUCUUUAUCACACAAGAGGUGCUGACACCAAUAUUCCCUAAAAUAGCAGCGUGGCCAAUAUCAGAGUACUUCCUGGUGCGAGACACAAGCCUGAUUCCCAACAUCCUGUGGUUUGAGUAUACAGUGACCAGAUCAGAGGCAAGGAACAGACAACGAAAGCUUGGAACAAAACUUCAGUGAUCUACACAGUUCUUUUGUGAGACUGACCUUAGGACCACACACACAUCACACAAAAACAAAUGCUCACUUGACAAAAAUACACUGGAGAACCAUCUUUUGGACUGACAUGGUUGCAAGGAGUAAAGGGCAAAAAAAAAAAAAA